AUGAAGAAUUCAAUUGGCCAAAGAAACAUUUUACAAAAUUAUGCUGUAGAUGCAAGUUUUUAUCGUGUAAAACAAAAUCAAUCAAUACUUACUACUCGUCAUUCCAAAUUACCUUCAUUUAAUAACCCGAUUCCUAUUUCAACUCCAACAUCUCCUAAGGAAUAACCAAAAAUGUGGAAAACUAAUCUUUGCUUUCAACUAGAUGGGUCAUUUAGUUAAACAAGAAAAAGACCAGAUGAGUUCUCCAGUAGCAAGAAGAGUGCUAGUCCUCAAUUAAGAUAACUACCUCGCAAAUCAUUUCAAUUAUAGUUAGAUUAAUAACCGAAGCUUUUCCAAGCUCCAAAAUCAUAAGAAAGACGCAGUUUUAGAAACUCUAUAUAUUCAAGACCUAAUUCAAGACUUAUUGAGGAAUAGUAUUCUUUAAGAUUGCCAACUACUGAUAUAGAGAUUGGAAGGAAUAAUUUUAAAUUUCAUUAUGUACUUGGAAAAGGAGGAUUUGGUAAAGUAUGGAGAGUAGAAAUGAUUAAAUCACAUAAGCUAUUUGCUAUGAAAGAAAUGAGUAAAGCAAAGUAAGUUAAAUUAAGCUAAUAGGGUUUUGGCUAAGAAAUCUGUCAAUUCAGUGAUGAAUGAACGAAUUUUACUUUCAUAACUUAAACAUCCUUUUAUUGCUAAUAUUCAUUAUGCCUUUUAAGAUAGAGAAAAUUUAUAUCUAGUAAUGGAUUUAUUAACAGGUGGUGAUCUUAGAUUUCAUAUUGGAAAAAUGCGUAGGUUUUCAGAAUAACAUACUAGUAUGAUACUUUAAUUAAAUAUUUUUAUAGAAUUUUUGAUUGCAAGUAUGCUAUUAGCAUUAGAAUAUCUACAUAGAAAUGGUAUUAUACAUAGAGAUAUCAAACCUGAGAAUAUUGUACUUGAUAAGAAAGGUUAUCCAAGAUUAACAGACUUUGGAAUUGCUAGAAUAGUGAAACCAGAGAAUUCUCAAGAAACAAGUGGAACUCCUGGAUAUAUGGGUAUUUAAAUAAUAAUAUUUAUUAAUAGCCCCUGAAGUUAUGUUUAGAUAAAAUCAUAGUUUUGGUGUUGAUCAUUUUGCAUUAGGAGUAAUGGCUUAUGAAUUUAUGAUGGGUAAAAGACCAUAUUUAGGAAAAACACGUAGAGAUAUUAGAGAUGCAAUUAUUGCAAAAUAGGUAUCACUCAAAAAAUAAGAAAUUCCUCCUAAUUGGUCAUGGGAAGCAGCUGAUUUUAUUAAUUAAUUGUUGCAAAGAAAACCUUAAGCUCGUUUAGGAUAUAGUGGUAUUGAAGAAAUAUAAAGUCAUCCAUGGUUUUAAGGAUUUCCAUGGAAAGGAUUACAUGAGAAAUAGUUGCCAUCUCCAUUUAAAUUAACUAAAUCAUCAGAUGAAGAUUUUAUUCGUGAGAUUUCCUCUGAUCAUGAUUCACAAGAUGAAUUGAUAUAGGAAAAUUCACUAUUACUUAGAUAGGAAACAAUUUAAAAUCUGUUUCAAAAUUAUACGUAUUUUAAAGAACAACAAGCAACAAUAAAGAGAUUUUGA